UUUUGGAAAAUAUUUAGGUCAAUUUAACUAAAUUUAUAUACGUAUAGCAUACAUAAGACUCAAAAUUAAUACCGAAGGAAAAAAGAAUUAAAAAAAUAAUAAUUAUGUAAUUAUUUAAUAUCUAUUUAAUUUGCUGAACAUGGCUCAUUUAUAUCAAAGAAUCACAAUUAAUGCAAGGUAUGGACUAUGAAGCCAGCAAGCAGCUUGCUUUCAAAGCAAACGCAGUAGACCAUUCUCCUCUCCAUUCUUCCAUUGGCGGCGUUCUCGCCAGCAUUUCGCGACUCCUUUUUCCUCCAUUCUUCCGACAAAUCCCAUCUCUCUCUAACUAGCUCCCAUGGCGGCGCCGGCAAGAUCGCUAGAGUACGAAUUCGAGUGGGCCCCCUCUCCCGCCGCCGCCGCCGCUAUCUCCGACGGAAAACAAGCUGCGUCGAAAAUCAUUGACAACCUCAGCCCUCCCCUCAUCGCAAUGUUUGCCGUCGUCGGCACUGCCUUCCUUAUCGUAGUAUACGCCCGCCUCCUCUCCCGCCAGAUCAGCCGCCUCCGCCGCCGAUGGAGGAGAUGGCGGCGAUGUCGCCAUCUACUCCGCUCCGCCGCCUCCGACUUCGGAACGGGAUCCCAAUCCCAUUUCUCGCCUCCUCCCUAUCCCACCCCCUUCCCCUUCUCUUCCGACUCCUACUCCGAUCACCUCCUCUCCCCCUACGGCCUCGACGACGCGGCCAUCAAAACCCUACCUCUCUCCCUUUUCUCUAGAUCCAAAGCGAAGCAACCAAUCUCAACGAAUCGGGACUGCGCAGUCUGCCUAUUCGAGUUCGACGACGGCGAGUGGCUCCGUACCCUCCCGAUAUGCGGACAUGCCUUCCAUAUCGAAUGUAUAGACGUCUGGCUCCGAUCCCACCCCACCUGCCCCCUUUGCCGCGCCGCCGUCUCCUUCCGCUCCGAUUCCCCCUUCGUUCCCAUGCGCGCGGCUCGCAUCCGCCCAAGCUUCGACGACAUCGUCGUCGAUCCGCCGGCGCCGCCGGAUCCAGCGUCGUCGCCGAUUUUGGAGGAAAGGGGGAGGAGUUUUCUCCUCAAGAGAUCGUACUCAUUCGGAUUCGAGCGGAGCGUUGGAACGGAACGGAUGGUGAUGGAGGUUACGGCGGCGACGACUGCAUCACCAGCUUGGCGGCUUCGGCAUCAGCACCAUAGCCAGCAUCAUCAGCAUCGAGGGUUUUGGAGCAAGCGAUGGCCAUCGCCGUUCGGCGGCGGGGGGUCUGCGAGACCUUAUUAUCAUCGGAGUGGCGGCGGUGGGGCGAUGAAAUCGCCAUUUUGCCGGCGAUGGGGGUUUGCGCCGUUCAAUGGUGCCAGCGGCGUAGGGGCAGUGGGUUCGUCGGCUACUACGACGGGGACAGGGGGGAGGAGGAGCAGGUCGAUGACGAGCCCGUCGGCGAUGUGGAUGGGAAGAGCGGUCGGGUUCUCGUCGAGCCGGAUGAGGUGUGGGGACCCGGAGGCGCUGCUUUCGCCGGAGAGAUUUAACCGGCGGUAGCCGGUUGGUGGGGGCUGGGGACCGGGAGUAAUCAGUGUAUGGGUCUGCCGUCUGCGUCUGGCCACCGGUGACGAAUGACGAUGGGGUUUUAAUGGCGUGUGGCAUGCAAGAAUUUAAUGAGCUGCCGGGGAGCUU